CCCGGCCUUCAGUCUUACUUGCAACUUGUUACCGUUAACACGCCUUGUUAUUACACACUCUCGCUUCAUCGAGCGUCAACACGCGAUAGUGCCUAACAAGUUGCGCGCCCUUUCUCUCACGCAGUGUAAUCGUGCUUUGGUACGUGAAUACGAAACCGGACUACUCUCCUGACACGAGACACCGCAAAGGAAUCCACAGCGAUUCGGAACUCUCACAUAUUUUUUAGGGAAAAGGCCUGGCCUGUCAAUCGCCCGGCCCCCGCCACUGCUCUGCGGGGCUUCUCCAACGUCGCAUAGACAUCGAUAAACACGUAGUCAAAAAGAGAACACGGCAUGACUGCGACGCACGGCGGAGGCUGUGAAGAUGACCGCCCCAUUAAGGACAAUGUGUACACAAUCAAGCCAGGAUUUAAAAAUGAGGGGUUCCAGCACGACAAGGACACGAACACUGAUAUUGUCAAACCCCCGCCAAUUGAGGAAGACUCCUACGCUUCCGGAAAGGUGGAACUCUCCAGAAGAGAAAAGUGGAGAAUAUUGAAAAAUGUUGCAGCGGUUAGCGCGGCCUUCAUGGUUCAGUUUACUGCUUUCCAAGGAACUGCGAAUCUCCAGUCUUCUAUAAACGCUCGGGAUGGGCUUGGAACUGUAUCUUUAAGUUCUAUUUAUGCCGCGCAAGUAGUUUCUUGCAUUUUUGUACCAACGUUCCUAAUAAAGAGGCUUACAGUGAAAUGGUCCCUAUGCCUUUCGAUGAUGUGUUACGCUCCUUACAUUGCUGCGCAGUUUUACCCAGCUUUCUAUACGUUGGUACCCGCUGGAGUAUUAGUAGGUCUCGGAGCAGCUCCCAUGUGGACAUCCAAGGCAACAUACUUAACCCAAGUAGGAAGUGUUUACGCGAAGUUGACAGACCAAGCUGUGGAUGGAAUAAUUGUGCGGUUCUUUGGAUUCUUCUUCCUUGCGUGGCAGACAGCUGAACUUUGGGGCAACCUCAUUUCAAGUUUGGUAUUCUCAUCGGGAGUACACAGUGGUAACGUGUCGACGGACAACAGCAGCAGUACUCUUCUGACAUGUGGAGCUAACUUCUGCAUGAUCGGCGGUGGAGCUCAUGACAACCAAAACCUUCACCGACCCCCAGACAACGAGAUACAAGAGAUCAGUGCCAUUUACCUUGCAUGCGUUGUAGUAGCUGUUAUUAUGGUUGCCUUUUUAGUGGAUCCUCUAUCCAGGUAUGGUGAAAAGCAAAGAAAAGCAGACCCCUCAAAAGAGCUGACUGGUAUUCAACUGUUAUCUGCUACCGCCUACCAAUUAAAGAAGCCAAACCAACAACUCCUAAUUCCAAUAACUUUAUGGAUCGGUAUGGAACAAGCAUUUAUCGGCGCUGAUUAUACGCAGGCAUAUGUAUCGUGCGCUUUGGGCAUUCGUUCCAUUGGAUACGUGAUGAUUUGCUUCGGAGUAGUGAAUGCAAUUUGCUCCCUGCUCUUUGGCUCAGUCAUGAAGUACAUUGGUCGCUUCCCCAUACUAGUAAUGGGCGCCGCUCUUCAUUUUGGCCUGAUUGUGUGGUUACUGAUAUGGAGACCGAACCCUGAGACACCGACGACUUUCUUUGUAAUAUCAGGAUUAUGGGGAGUUGGCGAUGCUGUGUGGCAGACACAAGUUAAUGGUCUGUAUGGAGUGCUUUUCAGACGUAACAAAGAAGCCGCAUUCUCCAACUACAGGCUUUGGGAAGCUGCCGGAUUCGUCGUCGCAUACGCUUACUCCACACAUCUUUGCGCUAGAAUGAAGCUAUAUGUGAUGAUGGUCGUACUUAUUAUCGGUGUUAUUGGAUAUCUUAUUGUCGAAAUCCUUCAUAAACGAAAGACUCGUCGUUUAAAGGCGAUUGCUGAGAACCCCAUUGCAGCAGCUGAAGCAGCUAAACAGCCACCAGAAGAAGAUGAUGAAAAGGAUGAAAUCGAUGAUGAUAUUAUUGUAACUCACCUCUAAAGAGAAUAUCGAAAUGAUCAUAGAUCAUUCAACCAUGAGUGAUGCGCGCUGUUGCCAUAUACAAAACGUUUAGGUACAAAAUCUGCUGAUGUUCCGAUUUCUUCAUCUUGAUCUAUAUAAAUUAUUUUGUGUGAAUGCCUGAAAUUUAAAGUACAAAGAGUAUUUUUAUGUAUAUUCAAUUUUUAAAAGCAGUAUUAAGUAUUUCUGUAUUGGCGAAAAAGACAACCCAAAAUUUAUCUUUAUAUGGUCGAAAUUUUAUAGUAGAUUAAAAAAUAUCAGAGGCAAGCUGUAGAAGUAACAUUGUGUGAAAAAUAUAAAAUUCACGAUAAAAUUUAUACUCAUUGUAGUUGGCAGAUAUGUUUCCAUAUGACUACAAUAAGUAUGAAUUUUUAAUUUAAAAAUCAGCUGUGUUUACAUACCUUAUUUACUUGAUUGAGCUCUUUGUGUCUUAUAUUAAUUAUAUAUCUAUUGAAGGAUGUUUGCACAAACAAAACUGCUAGAGCACAGUAAUUUUUUAACUAUAAAUAAUUCUACUUAUUUCGUGUAAC